UUGGAUCGUCUGGCCCGACAGCGGGCAUCGGGUCACCAGGCAUGACAGCGGGCACUGGGUCAUCAGGCAUGGGAUUGUCUGGCUCGACAGCGGGCAUCAGGCAUCAGGUCAUUUGGCUCGCCAGCGGGCACCGCGUCAUCUGGCAAGGCAGUGGGCACCGAGUCACCAGGCACGACAGUGGGCUCCGAGUCAACUGGCAUGACCGUGGGCACUGGGUCAGACAUUGGAUCGUCUGGCCCGACAGCGGGCAUCGGGUCACCAGGCAUGACAGCGGGCACUGGGUCAUCAGGCAUUGGAUCAUCUGGCUCGACAGCGGGCAUCGGGUCACCAGGCAUGACAGUGGGUACUGGGUCAUCAGGUACCGGAUCGUCUGGAUCGACAGCGGGCAUCGAGUCAACUGGCCUAAUGGAAUCAUCAGGCUGGAUCAGUUCAUCAGGCUAGGUAGAAACAUCAUGCUGGGUAGAGGCAUCAGGCUGAAUGGAGGCAUCAGGCUGGGUAGAGGCAUCAGGCUGGGUAGAGGC